AUGACGAUUUUCGAGUUAGUGUUCAUCCCCGUUCCCGGACUGAGCCACCUCGUCUCCACCGUCGAAGCCGCCAAGCUCCUCCUCGCCCGCGAUCGCCGCCUCUCCAUCACCGUCCUCAUCAUCACGACCUCCACCACCGACCAACCCACCGCCACUUACCUCUCCUCCGCCGGCCCCACCGCCGGCCUCCGCUUCACCAACCUCCCAUCCCCCGACCGGCCCCCUUCCCCUGAUUCCGGCUUCUUCCACUUCAUCGAAAGCCACGCCGCCGGCGUCCGGGAGUUUCUCUCCGGCCAGAUCUCAAACCCUCCGACUCCAAACUCCCGACCCGCCGGCCUAAUCGUCGACAUGUUCUGCACCAACUUCAUUGACAUAGCUUCCGAGCUCGGCCUCCCGUCCUACGUCUUCUUCACCUCCGGCGCGUGUGCCCUCGGCGUCUUCACCCACCUCGCCGGACUAAAAUUCGACCAAAAAAUCGACCUCACGCAGUUCAAGGAUUCGAGCCUCGAGCUACCCAUCUCCUGCUUUUCCUGUCCCGUCCCGGCAAAAAUCCUCCCGGCCGCCUUCCUCCAGCCGGACCCGCUCUCCGCCACAUUCCUCACCUUUUUCCGGCGAGUCUCCGAUUCCAAAGGAGUCAUGGUCAACACAUUCCUCGAGCUCGAGCCAUUCGCCAUCCGGGCCUUGCAAUCCGAUUCCGGACUUCCAAAGGUCUAUCCGGUUGGCCCGAUACUAAAUCCCGCCGGCUCGCCGGAGGGCCGGGAAGUCGUCGAGUGGCUCGACAGGCAACCGGAAAAGUCUGUUGUCUUCCUCUGCUUCGGGACGAUGGGCGGUUUCCGGCGGGAACAGGCGGCGGAGAUUGCCGCCGGUUUGGAAGCGAGCGGAGCCCGGUUUUUAUGGUCGUUGAGGAAGCCUGGCCCGGAAAUCAACACCCCGCCUGUGCCGACCGAGUAUACCGACUUCCGGGAGGUUCUGCCAGAAGGGUUCUUGGAGCGGACGGAGAAGAUCGGAAAAGUGAUCGGGUGGGCCCCGCAAGUGGCGGUGCUCGGCCACCUGGCGGUGGGGGGUUUCAUUUCGCACUGCGGGUGGAAUUCGGUGCUUGAGAGCUUGUGGUAUGGGGUUCCGGUGGCCGCUUUCCCGCAGUACGCGGAGCAGCAGGUGAACGCGUUUUUGCUCGUGAGGGAGCUGGGAUUGGCGGAGGCUGUGAGGAUAGAUUACUCGACGGAUUUUAGGGGGGAGAGGCUGCCGGAGAUUGUGGCGGCGCCGGAGAUAGAGGCGGCGGUGAGGCGGCUGAUGGGCGGUGGAGGGGUGGUUAGAGAGAAGGUGAAGGAGAUGAAGAUGAAGAGUAGGGAAGCUAUGGAGAAAAGUGGGUCUGCUUAUGAGGCUCAGAAGAGUUUCAUUGAGGAUGUUAUUAGUAAUGUGGGUGGUUAG